AUGAACCGCUACCUUCAUGACCCAGAUCCCAUGGGCUCAACUCCUCCUGCAUUCAACACCAGCACCCCCACAUCAUCACGAUCGUACACGCUGAACCGAGAACCAGUUCAGCACAGUGAGCAGAAAUCUGAGACCAGCUCCAAUAGUGAGAAAUCCUUCGGCAGCCGCAACAUGUAUCGUGGUAAUCAACGCGGUGGUCGUGGCGAAAAUCGUGGUGGUAGAGGUGGCAACCGCACAUACUCUGGCAGUUCCGGUAGCUCUAACGGCCAGUACAACCCUAACCGACCAACUCUCAAGCCCGCGUCGGCAUCUCAGUCCUCUCAAGCUCCACGCACUCCCAUGACAACUAUGGAGCAGGUCCCAGCCCGCGUAGACCCACCAGUUACCCCGGUCAAACAGCUCUCCACUUUCGACUUGAACGGCAACAGCAUCAACGAGACCUACAUCGCGAGAGCUAGUACCACCCCGACACUAUCUCCGGCAAAAUCAUCGAUCAUAAGCCCACCAAGACAGGCUACUCGAGCGUCUCCUCAACAUGGAGGUAAUCGCCCGCGCUACAACUCAGCUGGUCAGCCUAGUUCACAGAGGUCAAUCUUGAGGAAUGAAGCCCAGCAUUGGGCCCAUCGCCAGGAGGUCAAGAUCAAGUUGGCAGGUAUACCCAAGAGCUACUGGACGAAAGACGUGUAUGACGCAUUGUCGUCAUUUGGUUCUCUCUUCAGGAUUGAAAUGGUCACCGGCGCCCGAGACAACUCCGCUUUCGUGGUAUUUCGACCUCCCCCCGUCCAUGCCUUUCCGCAUCGGAACCUACGAAUUGGCGGUGCUCUCCUAGGGAUUGAGACACUCUCUCCACAAGUCAGGACCGUUCCGAGCCCAGCCAAUCCCGCAAAAGAAUACUACGAAUUCAACGUCCUACCUGUGCAAGGCAUAGACUUCGGCGUCAACGUGGCAGAUAAGACUAUGAUUGCCAUGCAUACCUUGCGAUCACCGGGCAGUAUUUACAUGACGCUGAACCUGAUUCGCAAAGAGCUUGACGUUCAGUUCUCGGUCGAUAUCGACAACGAGAUGCGCAAGGUUCGCUUUGCUUUGCCAAUUGCUCUACUCUCCCAUGUAUACAAGGUCACCGACACAGCCAGCGAUCAGCAGGCUUUGAUCAUUCCGUUUAACUCACCGCCGCAAUUCUACAUGCAGCGACGUGAGGGUGAAAACCUGGAGGACGGGAAGAAAUUCUAUACAUUUUCUAGGAAAGAUAAGGCGUGGUAUGACUGGAGCACCUGGUUCCGAGCGACCGAUAUCAUCAGCAACACUGUCAAGAGCAAGCUCCAAGGCUCACCGUUGAUGAACCAUAAGGAUACCGCUAUCAUCGACAUUGGCCGAUGGACGAGUUAUCGCAUGAUCUUCGACGCGACAGUAAUGACUGGACCCAAGUUCAAGGACUUCAGCGAUGCUCUCACCGACCAUGGCGUCGCCAUUGAGAACCUGGACGAGUACACGAUCCAAGACAUGGCCCCAUCGCCUCUAUGGUCACUGCUACAAGAAGAGAUAUCUGGUACACAUCCACAUCUUGAGUCGACACCCUCAAAGGGUUCGGUCUUUGAAGAUCUCUUCGCUGGCCAGUUUCAUCUGAGCUUUCCCGUCCGGUACCAACUCGAGGCGUGUCUAUCGAACGGCUAUUUGAAGGAACACAACAUCACGAGCGACUUCUUGGAGAAGCUCACAGCGAUGGAACCUCGCCGUGCCGUCUACAUCUUGGAGAAAGUCGUCGACAAACAGCAUGUUUACUACGAUCCAAUGGACAUAUUCGGCAUUCGGGUCAAGGACCUUGCGAAGAAAGUCCCCAGCUACUGCACCCUUCAGCGAUCGGUGGUAAUCACCCCAACCAUGAUGCAUGUGUCAUCUCCUAACAUGGAGACCUCGAACCGCAUCAUCCGCAAGCAUGCUGCUGAUGGCGAUCGUUUUAUUCGAGUCAAGUUCUCCGACGAGAAGACAGAAGGUCAACUGCGCAAUAUGCCCAACGGACGGGCUGAAGCUGCGUUCGACAGGGUACGUCGGGCCAUGAAGUAUGGCAUCGUCGUCGCCGGAAGAUACUAUGAGUUCUUAGCAUUUGGCAACUCACAGUUUCGCGAGCAUGGGGCAUACUUCUACGCGCCUACUUCUUCCAAGUCCGCCGACGACAUCCGCAUCUCACUGGGCAACUUCGACCACAUCAAGACCGUCGCCAAGUUUGGUGCUCGUCUCGGUCAAUGCUUUUCAACCACUCGCGCAAUGCGGGAUAACGUUAAGGUUAUAACAAUUCCCGACAUUAUACGUAACGAAUAUACAUUCACAGACGGUGUUGGCAAGAUCUCACAAUUCCUAGCCCAGAUGGCUGCCCAGGAACUCGGGCUUGCCCGCGCCUUUGAUGACCCACCGUCUCUGUUCCAGUUUCGCCUUGGCGGCUGCAAGGGGGUGCUUGCCCUGGAUCCGAAGAUCACUGGUCCUGAGGUUCAUAUAAGGCCCAGCCAGAUGAAAUUCGUGGCACCCUACACCGGUCUGGAGAUUAUCCGGUCCUCAUCUCUUGCCACACCAUUCUUCAACCGUCAGAUCAUCGUAGUCUUGUCAUACCUUGGCGUACCCGAUUCUGUGGUAAUCAAGAAGCAACAAGAGAUGAUCAAUGACUACGAGACCGCGAUGGUAGACGAUGGCGUUGCCUUGCAGAAGCUUCGAAAGCACAUCGACAUGAACCAGACUACGUUGACCAUCGCAGGUAUGGUCCUCGAUGGCUUCAUGAAGUCUCAAGAUCCAUUUGUCAUGUCUCUUCUCAAGCUUUGGAGGGCUUGCACCAUCAAGAACCUCAAGGAGAAGGCUCGCAUAGCCAUCGAUGACGGCGCGUUCGUACUUGGUUGCGUUGACGAAACAGCAACACUCCGAGGCCACAUGAAUGGCCUCCAGCUUGAUGCUACGAAUGAAGAGAAGCUCGCUACUCUCCCCGAAAUCUUCCUGCAAGUCGACGAUACAAGCAGAAAAGGACACUACAAAAUCAUCCAAGGAGUAUGUGUCCUGGCGCGAAACCCCUCACUUCACCCGGGAGACCUACGAGUCGUUCGAGCAGUAGAUGUACCAGGAUUGCAUCAUCUGAAGAACGUCGUGGUGCUGCCACAGAACGGCGAUAGAGAUCUUGCCAACAUGUGCUCUGGCGGUGAUCUCGAUGGGGACGACUACAUGGUACUGUGGGAUCCAGAUUUGAUACCCCAGAACAUCAACAUGCCUGCCAUGGAUUUCACAGCCGAAAAGCCGAUUGAGACCGACGAUCCCAUUACGGCCGCGCACAUUGGCGAAUUCUUCGUCAGUUAUAUGAAGAAUGAUACACUCGGGCAAAUCGCGCACGCCCAUCUAGCACACGCUGACCGCCAAGCCGAUGGGGUCAACGACGACAAGUGCCUCGCUUUGGCGGAGUUACAUUCCAAAGCCGUCGACUUCCCGAAGAGCGGUUUGCCCGCUGAGAUGACGCGGGAAUUGAGACCACACAUGUGGCCACAUUUCAUGGAGAAGAAGCACCUCCCAGAUUCUAAAAUCUAUCAUUCAAGAAAGGUCCUAGGUAUCCUCUACGACCAAGUGCAGUUGGUCGACUUCAAGCCUCAAUGGGAGAAUCCAUUCGAUAAGCGCGUCCUAGAGGCCUUUGAGCUCGGCGAUGAGACUCUAGCCAAAGCCGCAGGACUCAAGGCGUCGUACGAUGAAUCGUUGCGGCGAUUGAUGGCCAAGCAUGGUAUUCAGACCGAAUUCGAGGCCUGGUCUGUAUUCGUCAUAGUUCACAAUCAUGAGAGCCGAGACUACAAAUUCGCAGAAGAGUUUGGUAGAACUAUUGGAGCCUUCAAGUCUCAGUACCGAGACGAAUGCCGGGCCGGUGCAGAAGACAACCUGGAGAAGUUUGUCGCCGCGAUGUAUAUGGUGACUGCGAAAGAGAUGGAGACUGCAUUGGUCGAAUGCCGUACGACGAAGACAGUUGGUGGUAGGGACGUUCCGGUGCGACCUAUGGAACCGGAGCACAUGCCUUUGAUCUCAUUCCCGUGGCUCUUCCCAAACGAAUUGGGGAAGAUUGCGACCGGCGGCGCAACCACGCGACAGCUAGACGUGCAGCAGAACGUCGCGACCCGGCCCAAGAAGCACCCUGUAUCUUCCACGCUGGCAGAGGUUGAUACAGAGAUCGGUGUUGUUGAGACCGAAGCAGGUAUUACGCGUUACGGAGAGUUGCUGGACCUGGAUUUCAGCUUGUAA